CAUACUGUACAUCCACACACCACAUGCACCAUCAACAAUUUGAGGGCUGAGAAUGUUGGGUAGACUUGGACACUUAAAUCUAAUUGAAUACAAUACAAUUUGAACUGGUCUUCAGGACAAUAUAGACACACAAGUUUACAGUAGAGAGAAGAAGAAACAUGAGUUUUGAUAUAUAUGAGAAUUCAGAUGACAUUUCAAAGGAAUGUGAGUAUGAAAAUUGGGAAUAUCCAGGAUCAAGGAAUUCCAGGAGCCUAAACCACCAGAAACCUCGGCACUCAGGAGAUAAUGCGGCAUGGGGCAGAUGUUCCAGAUUGUUCGCAGUGUGUGCAGGGCUGCUGUGUGUUGUCCUGCUCAUCGUCAUUAUAAUAUUGUCUGUGAAACUCAACCACAUGACAAGAGAAAGAGACCAGUUGCUGAUCAGUUGUGACAACAUGACUACAAAGAGAGAACGGCUAUACACUGGGAGAGAUGUCCAGAAGAUGUUGGACAAUACUACACAUCAGUGUGAGAUGUAUUUCAUCACAAACGAGAAGAAGAGCUGGACUGAUGCCAGGAAGGACUGCAGGUCAAGAGGAGCCGACCUUGUGGUCAUCAACAGCCGAGAAGAGCAGGAAUAUAUCAGCCAUUGCUUUAAGGGUACUGAGGCUUGGAUAGGUCUGACUGACACCUCCGAAGAGGGGACGUGGAAGUGGGUGGACGGCUCUGCAUUGACCACUAGGUACUGGUGGGACAGAGAACCUAAUGACUACGAUGGUGAUGAGGACUGUGCUGUCACUGGAAGCAUGUUUGCUGAAGCUGAAAUGAGAACAUGGGCUGAUUAUCCCUGUGGUAGUUCUGUACUCGCAAUUUGCGAAAUGAAAAUAAAUAAGUAGAGAGUCAGGGAUAACCCUUGGAGGGCGCUCUGCACUCAUGAAUCUGUGUUUUGUGUGAGGGUUUUUAAGUUGACUCUUGCUUCACACUCACUGGUGGGAGAAAUAUGGCCUGUUGAUUAGCAGCCUUAUUUAAACACUU